AUGGCGAAGGCAAUGCAUUAUAACGGACAUCAGUACUCAGUCUCGGUAAAGCGAGAAUUAGCACCCGAAAACGAAUCACUUGUGUUUGAAAGCGAAACGAAAUGUCGAAACUCUGAAUUGAAAUCGCUGGGAAUUUUGUCCGCUGGCGCCCUUCAUGCGAAAUUGAAACCGAAACCGAAAACGCUCUCGGUAAAGCGAGAAUUAGCACCCGAAAACGAAUCACUUGUGUUUGAAACGUUCGGUGUUUGGUGUUUGGCUUUGGUGUUUGGCGUUAGGCGUUUGGCGUUUGGCGUUUGGUGUUUGGUGUUUGGUGUUUGGCGUUUGGUGUUUGGUGUUUGGCGUUUGGCGUUUGGCGUUUUGCACCGCCACAUGGGCAACAACAUGAAUAACGACGGAAACGCCAACGUCGGAGGAGACAGAAACGCUAACGUCGGAGGAGACGAAAACGGGAACAACAAUCAGCUUCCUCAACAUCUAUUCCAGCAUAUGCCGCGCCCUCGAGAGGUGUUCUUCACAAUGAGCGAGAGGCAAAUUGAGUUACUGUAUGUUACAUGGGCCGCUGCGCGGAUGCGCGUACGCCAACAAGUCUACCGUCCAGAAGUGCCGUUUCUCCCAAACCCGUUGCCUCCGUUGUGGCCGGACGAAGUACGUGCGAUGAUGGUAUUGUGGAUUGCGAGGGAGCGUCGGAUGUUUGAGAUGGAAAUCAGGGAACUCGAAUACCUCCUAGGAUUGAGAGACACUCGAGCUCCAGAAGACAAACAUGGCGUGGAAGUAAGACAACCAGUUGGCGGAGCGGAAGUGCAUGGUGCAUCCGCAGAAUCGAGCGUUGGAGUAGUCGAGGUCAAGGUGUCAGAAGGUCAGCUAAACACGCUCGAGACCGAAACUGCCUCGGCAUACUACGGCGACAUGUUGUUAAGACGACUAGUUGGCACAGCGGAACGGACGAUCAAGACAAAGAACUCACCUGUCGACGGCAUGAGCUCGGACGAGUCCGAUCAUCCACUAGGGAAUAGCAUUCCUGUCUACCAGCCUUGCCUCUGGGGCCAGUUUCCUCUGAUGGAGCUUGGUCGGUUGGUUUGGUUUGUGUUUAUCGGGGGAUCUAGGGGGAAAAUACCAGAUUUGGAGGAGAAGGUCGGGGAUAAUCCCGGAACUCCAAGUUGGGUCUGCAACUGUGGCAGCGAGGAGGGGGUUAGCCCUGAGUUAGAGCCUCCAAAUUAUACUGCCACUGCAACAGUGAGGGGAUGA